AUCAUGAAUAUUGCAUACAGAUGAGCACUGCCUCUGCUUCCAUGUAGGAUUCAAUCAUCUAUAAUCUAUUGCUUUGCAGUGCGUAGUAUAUACAAGAAAUAUGAGGAGGAGAUCAUGAGGAGAUUCAUCCUCGAUCCAAGUAAUAUGAGAACUGCUGCAGUCGUUUCCAUCUCUUUCACCGUCUGGUUGCUGUGCUUUUCUCAACUAAAUUUGGCUCAGGAUACUCUGGGGUAUGGCGGACAAGUUACUGGCUAUAAAACCCUUGUUUCAAGUGACGGCAAAUUUUCACUGGGUUUCUUUUCCCCUCGAAAAGAAGCGUUUUAUUUGGGAAUAUGAUACUUCCAGUCCCCGCAGUUUCCUAUGAAUAUUAUGGUGGUGUGGGUUGCAAACAGAGACAAUCAUGUUCUUGACUCCACCGCAUCUUUUCAAAUCGCAGACGAUGGUAACCUCCUAGUAUCAGACUCCAAUGGAAAACACCACUCGUCUUCCGGACUCAAGGGAUCUUCACCCUUAAACUGUACCGUCAAGCUCAUGGAUUCAGGAAACCUGGUACUAGUACGAGAUAACCGGGGGGUGACAAACAAUAUCUGGCAGAGCUUUGAUCAUCCAACGGAUACAUUUCUGCCUCUCAUGAAAAUGGAUAAAAGCAUGAAGUUGAUUUCUUGGAGAAGCUCAGAUGACCCAGCAACUGAGGACUUCACCUUUCAGCUUGCUCAUACAGAGGACAAAAGCAACAGCUAUAUCAUUUUUAAAGGCCAAGACCAAAUUCACUGGCAAACUUCAGACGCAAUACCCUCGACGAUAACGAAUUUAUUGGCAAACGACACUCAGGAAAUUCAAGCUCCGUUAGGCAGCAGAAGUCGGACUAUAAUUUUACGAGGCUAGUCAUGAAUCAAACAGGGAAGUUCGAAUCUUGGAGUAAUCUCCAGAGACAAUGGGUACUGUUGUUCAGCCAACCAUCUGGGCAGUGCCAGAUGUAUAAUGGCUGCGGGAAUUUCAGCAGCUGCAAUGCUAAAAAUAACCCCGAUGCCUGCAAGUGUUUGCCUGGAUUUAAUCGUCAACGGCAAAUUAAUUUCGGGGAAUCUUCUAAAGUGUGUGCCAGAAAAUCAGAUUCGUGUGAAACAAAAGACAUUACAUUCUUAAACUUAACAAAGGUUAAGGUUAGAAGCCCGGGCAAGGAGGUCCCCGCAGGAAGUGAAGCAGAAUGCAAAUCCGUGUGCCUUAACACGUGCCCUCCUUGUCAGGCUUAUUCGUAUGAUGCUAGGUGGUCGAAUCGGCUUCAUCCAGCGUGCACGAUUUGGACUCAGGAUUUACUCACUCUUCAAGAAGAUGCCGGUCAAAAUAGCAGCAUCUCUCUUUCUGUCCGCUUACUGAUUUCAGAUAUAGCACCAACUGCCAAAACCUGUGAACCUUGCGGCACGACAGUAAUUCCAUAUCCACUUAGCACCGGACAAAAUUGUGGAGAUCCCUUGUACUUCUGGUUAAACUGUGACACAUCAGAAGCAACUGGCGAGGUUAGGUUCAUUAUGCGUAAACUUGGACCUAAACGGGUAACUGAAAUAGAUCCGGGAGAUCGGAAGUUGCGUACCAAAUUGAAGAUCCAAACUUCUGUUAUAACGAAGGUGAAGGAGUUCAGCUCGAGCCACCAUUUAAUGUAACAAACUGGUGCUUUGCUCAAGAUGCAAUAGAAGUUAGUUGGCUACCCCCAUCAGAACCUCUCUGUGAAAUCUCCGAAGACUGCAACGGUUGGCCACAUUCAACCUGUAACAAUGAUUCAAAAGAUGGAAAAAGAAGAUGCCUCUGUAAUAAAAACUAUCACUGGAACACCACAAUUUUAAGUUGCACCCCAGGCAAUUAGCCUUCUUGUAUUUCAUAUGUCUGGCAACUUUUCCGGUCCUAGUAUUUCAAAGCUUCGAUCAA